AGAGGACCGGGGACAACCGAGCAGAUGGCGUCUUCGACCCCUUCUUCGUCCGCAACCUCCUCGAACGCGGGAGCGGACCCCAAUACUACCAACCUGCGUCCCACAACGUAUGACACCUGGUGCGGCGUGGCCCAUGGAUGCACCAGAAAACUGGGGCUGAAGAUCUGUGGCUUCUUGCAAAGGACCAACAGCCUGGAAGAGAAGAGCAGGCUUGUGAGCGCCUUCAAGGAGAGGCAGUCCUCCAAGAAUCUGCUUUCCUGUGAAAACAGCGACAGGGAUGGCCGAUUCCAGCGCACAGAGACCGACUUCUCCAACCUGUUUGCUCGAGAUCUGCUUCCGGCUAAGAACGGGGAGGAGCAAACUGUGCAGUUCCUGCUGGAGGUGGUAGACAUACUCCUCAACUACGUCCGCAAGACAUUCGAUCGCUCCACCAAGGUGCUGGACUUCCACCACCCCCACCAGCUGCUGGAAGGCAUGGAGGGCUUCAACCUGGAACUCUCUGACCACCCUGAGUCCCUGGAGCAGAUCCUGGUCGACUGCAGAGACACCCUGAAAUAUGGCGUCCGCACAGGUCAUCCUCGAUUUUUCAACCAGCUCUCCACUGGAUUGGAUAUCAUUGGUUUAGCCGGCGAAUGGCUGACAUCAACUGCCAAUACCAAUAUGUUUACAUAUGAAAUUGCACCAGUGUUUGUCCUCAUGGAGCAAAUAACACUUAAGAAGAUGAGAGAGAUAGUUGGAUGGUCAAGUAAAGAUGGUGAUGGGAUAUUUUCUCCUGGGGGAGCCAUAUCCAACAUGUACAGCAUCAUGGCUGCUCGCUACAAGUACUUCCCGGAAGUUAAGACAAAGGGCAUGGCGGCCGUACCCAAGCUGGUCCUCUUCACCUCAGAACACAGUCACUAUUCCAUAAAGAAAGCUGGGGCUGCACUUGGCUUUGGAACCGACAAUGUGAUUUUGAUAAAGUGCAAUGAAAGGGGGAAGAUAAUUCCAGCUGAUUUAGAGGCAAAAAUUCUUGAAGCCAAGCAAAAGGGAUACAUUCCUCUGUAUGUCAAUGCAACUGCCGGCACGACUGUUUAUGGCGCUUUUGAUCCCAUACAGGAGAUUGCAGAUAUAUGUGAGAAAUACAACCUCUGGCUGCAUGUCGAUGCUGCCUGGGGUGGCGGGCUGCUCAUGUCUCAGAAGCACCGCCAUAAACUCAGCGGCAUAGAAAGGGCCAACUCAGUCACCUGGAAUCCUCACAAGAUGAUGGGCGUGCUGUUGCAGUGCUCCGCCAUCCUGGUCAAGGAAAAGGGUAUCCUCCAAGGAUGCAACCAGAUGUGCGCGGGGUACCUCUUCCAGCCAGACAAGCAGUAUGACGUCUCCUACGACACUGGGGAUAAAGCCAUUCAGUGUGGCCGCCAUGUGGACAUCUUCAAGUUCUGGCUGAUGUGGAAAGCAAAGGGCACAGUGGGCUUUGAAAAUCAGAUCAACAAAUGCUUGGAGCUGGCAGAAUACCUCUAUGCCAAGAUUAAAAACAGAGAGGAAUUUGAGAUGGUUUUUGAUGGUGAGCCUGAGCACACGAAUGUCUGUUUCUGGUAUAUUCCACAAAGCCUAAGGGGCCGUCUGGAUAGCCCUGAGCGACGGGAAAAACUACACAAGGUGGCCCCGAAAAUCAAAGCCCUGAUGAUGGAGUCUGGCACAACCAUGGUUGGCUACCAGCCUCAGGGGGACAAGGCCAACUUCUUCCGGAUGGUCAUCUCCAACCCAGCCGCUACCCAGUCUGAUAUCGACUUCCUCAUUGAGGAAAUAGAGAGGCUGGGCCAGGAUCUGUAA